AUCAAUUAUGUGUUCAAUACUUGUUUAUUUGCCUUGUUUUUGUUUUGGCUAGUUGACGGUGGUUGCCCAUUCUCUUAAUGCCAUCCUGCUUCUCGGUGAUAUAACAAUGAAUUGUUUGCAAACCCCUUGGUUCCGGAUAUCUUACUUUCUCCUAUGGACUGGUAGUUAUGUCAUCUUCCAGUGGUGUGUUCACGCGUUUGUGUCAACCUGGUGGCCGUACCCAUUUCUUGACAUGUCUUUGAGGAUAGCUCCCUUGUGGUAUGUGGUGGUGGCUUUAAUGCAUAUCCCUUGCUACGGGUUAGUUGUAUCACUUGUUAAACUCAAGGGAAUUGUGUUGUCCAAAUGGUUCCACGAGUCGUGUUUACCUUAGGUAUAUGAGAUCUUAAAACCACGCUGCAGAUGCUUGUCACUUCUUACUCCAUAUUAUAAACUGUUGCAGUUUUUUGUUUUCUUUAAACCCUGCAAAAUGAAUAUAAGUAGCACUU